AUGGACCCGCUGGAGCUGGAGAAUGACUCACGCCGUGGCUUGAGCCAGAACUCCCAUGUGGAGCUGCGUCGGCAGCUGUGGCUCCGGAUCGCUACCAAGACGGCCUGCGUACUGAUGUCGCUGGUGCUUGUCGUUGUGAUCGGCUUGACCAUGGCCACGGAAGAGUCGUCCCUGCUGCCGGCCAAUGUGGUGAAACGUGCGCGGGAAAUCUACCUGGCAGAGCUUUCUGCAAGGUCUACUCCAGCAGACGCGUUGCAUGCUGCGCGUGUCUUUUCCGAUACGCUGAUCAACACCACCAGAAAGAUCUGGGAGGAGCUGGCGAAGGAUGAGGCAGGCUUCCCUCCCUAUGUGCUUGUGGUGACCGGCGAGGCUGGACGACGGGAGAUGUCCGUGCACAGCAGAAUGGAAUUCCUGAUAUACCUGCUUGACUGUCCGAGCAGCUACCCGGCAAGACGCCAGUUCUUCAAGUCUGUAUACGACUUCAAGUUCUUGAUGCAAGCUGCGAGCAUUGGUGUCGACCUCCUCAAUCAGCCCGUGGCCAGGGCAUCCAUCAGGUCCUUUCCGUGCACAGUUGACUAUGCCGUGUCUAGCGUUCUACUGGGCCACGACUGGUACAUGAUCGGCAGAGUUCUAGAGGGAAACCUCUUCUUUGGAGACGUGGACAUCUUCUUGGAGGUUCAAAAGGCGAUACACGCCUGGAUGAAGGAGCCGCUGGAGCGCGCUGCUGCAGCAGCCCCGACCCACGACGACAGAGCAGAAUUGCUUUGGUACCUGACCCGGAUGCCAAAUGCAACCCUGGGUCCGUACCUGCAGAACAACAUGGAGUUUCGCAAGUUCGAUCCGUUCUAUCGGAGAUACUACCCCGCAAUGCGAGAAGGCAUCUCCUCGCAACAAGCCUGGGAGAUCAAGGCAUGGUUGUACGAUCCGAUGCAGGAUUUCAUUGCAGCGGAAGUUUUUGAGCUGCUAUAUCUUAGAGAUCCAGUGGUCGAUGCCAUCUCGUCCAACACUGGCGACCGCCUUGAAUGCCUCCUUCGGGAAGGUGUGUGGUCUGAAGGAAAGGUUCGUCACGGCCUCCAGGCACUUUGGACGACCCUGAAAGUGCGCACCCGAGCACAAGCUCGAUCCGACGGCACAAAGGAUGCCGCGCAAGCGGCCCCAAAACUGCGUCGCCGGACUGUGUUCGAUCGCAGGGCUCCGAGUGGAGAAUCCGGACUGCAAGCGGCCACGUUUCGUUUGCGGGCAGAUGCAGCGGAAUUCAUCCCCGCAGAGGUCCAUCUGUUGCGGCGACUGCUCGCCCCAGAUCCAGCCACGCCUGACCUGAACCAGCUGGCUGCACCUUCGUCGAAUGACUAUGACGACUAUGAGGACCCUUCUGGACAGGUCAUUCAGCAGGGCUCCGUCAAAGCUGGCCGCUUGUACGUGGUGUCUGCUGGUGAGCUCACUGUCGAGAAGGACGGGCAGAAGGCUCGCAGAGUUGUCACGCCGGCUGAAUGGCUUCAGCCAGUGCUCGACGACGAGGAGCUCUUCGCUCCAAGCGAUUCGUCGCCUGUGCUUUGCGGUUCGAGUUUCCGAGCGAAGCGCCGAGGCGAGUACUCGGCUUUGCGCAAGACCCUAUUGAAGAACGAUUUGGAAUUCGGCGAAGGGCUGGACUUUGGCUCCGGCCGGUGGUCGAGCGAAGACCAGCUGAGGCUGGCAGAAACCUUGGUGGACAUGUCCUUCGCUGCCACGGUAUUCCUCUGCAGCUCCGCCACAGAGGCUGUGGAAGCCGCCAUGGCGUUUGCAGAGAUGCACCACCGCUUCUUCGACGACUCACGAGACAGGUUCGUGGCGUUCGAGAAUGCAUACCAUGGAUUUACGAUGGGGGUCAAGAGAACGCUUGACCGGGUGGAGCAGCUGGUCCGAUCCAAGACUCAGUCGCUGACGGAGGAUGUGGGGCUUGUGAAGGGACAAGCCACGACGCACCACCGCGACCUCUGUGCUCUUGUGCGUGGUCUUGAGCACUCGGUCACACAGAUGAAGGCGGUCACAGAUGGGCUGGCACUUAACAUGGCCCAGAUUGGGGCGGCCUUCGGUAAACCGCCGGUAGACAGUGCAGGCCAGACACGAGCGGUAGAUCUUUUGUUGAGCCUGGGUGAAACCCUGAAGGACAGUGAGAGCCAUUGGCAGGAUCUGAGGGAGAUGAGCAGGGAUGCCUUUCACGAGGUCCAGGAGGUUGGGUCGGUUUUGGUUGACUUUCGGGAUAGGUUUUUCGACCGCUCUUUCCCACAGUUUCCUGUCACGGGGCAUAACACAAUGCUUUCAUCCGCGAGCGGAUCCAGGAACCCACCCACUGUUAUUGACCUUCAGAGUCGUUUGCCUCCCCGCAAUCCUGGAUUCGCCACGGUCACCUUUCCCGACGGCUCAGUGAAGAUGGUCUCCACGGAUAACAUCCACUAG